AUGCCCGCCGAUACGGGCGGCCUGCCCUCGAUUCAGCCCGCGCACCUUGUCUGCGCGAAUAAGGCAUGCAAGAAGGCCAAAAAUGGCAACGCAUCUACCGCCAAGGCUGUUAUGGCCUGUGGUAGAUGUAAGCUCGUUGCUUACUGCUGCAUAAAAUGCAAGGAGAAAAAUGCCGAAAAGCACAAAAAGGAUUGCGAGUCCGACCUCCUCAAGGCAGACUGGAAGCCCGUCUGGAUCCGGCAGCAUCGAAUGCCCACCUUCUUAUCCGACGAGGGUCCCAAGAUGGAGUAUUUCGGCACCUUCAAAUACCUCUGGGGCAACAUCCCGGCCGUCGACAUUGUUAAGCUUCGAGAGAACGAAGGAGUCAGAUUCGAAAGAAAUCUCGACCUGCUCCUUCCCGCUUCCGGUGACCUGCGCAACGUCAUCAUGUCCAUUGGCAAGCUGCCGCAGGAGUACAAGCACGACGUCUCGGUCGUACUCAAUGACAAGGAGUUUGAUGUCGUUGCCCGCAACGUCAUUUUGCUGCUCAUUUUUGCCACCAUCCAGAACGCCGACACGGCCGCCGACUGCGUCCUUCACGUCUUUUACUCGGCAUUCAUAACCAAAUCCCACAUGGAUAUCCUCACCAUCAUGUUGCGGCCUCUUGUCCAGGACGUGUGCACCAAGACAGAGGGCAAAGACCAGGAAGCUCUGCUCGCAAAGACUUGGACACUCAAGGACGGCGUCCAGAUGCGUGUUGUGCUAUCGAGGCGCCAGUGGCUCCGCCUCCUCGCAAUGACCGAGGCGCCCAAGAAGAUCAAGAUCGGAAAGGCUAAGGCGACUCGUGACAAGGUCGUCAACGCCCGAGCCCGCGAGGACUACCGGGAUCGCCACAUGCUCUGCCAGAUUCCCCACAUGCGCAUGGGCUCGAAUAAGUUCUAUGCGGACGGCAUGCUCCUCCCAUUCGGAACACCUCGAGCCGACUUUACCAUGCCCAACCCCACCUUCUUCCAAGAGAAGGAUGUCUGGCCCAUGAUGGACUCAUCGGACCCGCUUUCCGGCUGGUCUCUUCCUGAUGUCCUCGACUCGCAGCGGGGCCCGGCGAGGAAGGAUGCGCGCCAGUGGCUCCGCCUCCUCGCAAUGACCGAGGCGCCCAAGAAGAUCAAGAUCGGAAAGGCUAAGGCGACUCGUGACAAGGUCGUCAACGCCCGAGCCCGCGAGGACUACCGGGAUCGCCACAUGCUCUGCCAGAUUCCCCACAUGCGCAUGGGCUCGAAUAAGUUCUAUGCGGACGGCAUGCUCCUCCCAUUCGGAACACCUCGAGCCGACUUUACCAUGCCCAACCCCACCUUCUUCCAAGAGAAGGAUGUCUGGCCCAUGAUGGACUCAUCGGACCCGCUUGCCGGCUGGUCUCUUCCUGAUGUCCUCGACUCGCAGCGGGGCCCGGCGAGGAAGGAUGCGUAUGGCGCCCUCUACGAGUACAUCUUCAACCGUGGUCGGGAGUUCCAUGGCCAGCUCGCUUUUCGCAAGAUUUCCUUCGAGCUUUGCUGCACGGAUGUCCGCCUACUAAAGGACAUGAUUCCGAACAAGAAAUUCGACCGCAUCGAGGCUUCCAACAUCUGCGACACUGGCUAUCUUGGAAUCGAGAGCACCCUUGAUGCCGAUGUCUGGCCCAUGAUGGACUCAUCGGACCCGCUUUCCGGCUGGUCUCUUCCUGAUGUCCUCGACUCGCAGCGGGGCCCGGCGAGGAAGGAUGCGUAUGGCGCCCUCUACGAGUACAUCUUCAACCGUGGUCGGGAGUUCCAUGGCCAGCUCGCUUUUCGCAAGAUUUCCUUCGAGCUUUGCUGCACGGAUGUCCGCCUACUAAAGGACAUGAUUCCGAACAAGAAAUUCGACCGCAUCGAGGCUUCCAACAUCUGCGACACUGGCUAUCUUGGAAUCGAGAGCACCCUUGAUGCCGUCAGCCCGAUGCUCAAGACCCCCGAGGUCAAUGACAAGGCUACAAUCCUGAUGGUCUUCCUCAAUGCGGUUGAAGAGGUUGUCAUAUCUCUGGGACCGACUUCGGAUGACGAGAAGGUCUUCGAAAAGGUUAUGGAGUAUAUGGAUAAGCCUGCCCAGUUCAGUUCGCUUGCGCCUUUGACUUCCAUGAUGGCAGCGGUGUCCUUGAGGGACGAGGCCCUGAACUUCACCAUCCGCUCCAUGGCGGCGAAGGAUACAGCGAGAGACAUAGACAUGAUCUUCGACGCCUACAUGAAGAGAUUCCGCUUCGACGACGUCGGUGUCACUCGAGGCGUGCAGAUGAAGGAGAAGAAUACCAUCGUGGAGAAGUGGCCGAUGCGUUUUUACUUCAACGGCCCGACGGCGAAGGCCAAGAAGGAGUUCGCCUGGCUGCUCUCGUCGCACCACAUCGGCCACGAACGCUACGUUGAGUGGAAGGCCAUGCGGAAGUUCGUUAUUGAGGAGAGCCUCUGA